UUUUCUUCUUUCAGGAAAAAUAUUACCAGGCCUUUUGAGGACCAAACGUCAUUGGAAUUUUUUUCCAAGAAAUCCGAUUGUUCUUUGUUUCUGUUUGGCUCUCAUAACAAGAAGCGACCUAACAACCUGAUAAUAGGUCGCAUGUUUGACUAUCACGUCCUCGACAUGAUUGAGCUGGGCGUUGAGAAGUUCGUAUCCCUAAAAGACGUCAAGAACAGUAAAUGUCCGGAGGGAACAAAACCAAUGCUGAUAUUUGCUGGUGACAUCUUUGAUGUAAGUGAAGAAUACAGAAGACUGAAGAGCCUUCUCAUUGAUUUCUUCAGAGGUCCUAGUGUGCCCAGUAUCCGUCUGGCGGGGUUAGAGUACGUUCUGCAUUUCACAGCUGCAGAUGGGAAAAUCUACCUGCGGAGCUAUAAGGUGCUCCUGAAGAAAUCUGGUUGUAAAAUACCAAGAAUUGAACUGGAAGAGAUGGGACCUUCAUUAGAUCUGGUUAUGAGGAGGACACAUUUAGCUUCAGAUGACCUUUACAAGCUGUCAUUAAAACAACCGAAAGCCCUGAAGCCUAAGAAGAAAAAGAAUAUCUCUCACGACGUGUUUGGUACAACGUACGGCCGAAUCCACAUGCAGAAGCAAGACCUCGGCAAACUGCAGACGCGGAAGAUGAAAGGGUUAAGGAAGAGGCCAGCAGAGAAGGCGGCUGAAGGUGGUGGGGUUAGCCCCAAAAAGUCAAAAUCGGCUUGA